AUGAACGGGAAAUAUGACGAGGUGACGGAUUUGUCGGUUGAGCCGUGGGUGAGGUAUAUCCCGGGGGACAAGGUGAAGAGGAUCAAAGUUUGA